AGAAAGUAGGCAAAACCGUGUCCAGUUAUUUGACCUAUCUUUAUCUGAGUCCUAUCAAUAUUACAAACAUGGCAGCAACUGCGACUACGGCGAGAGCUAUGGAGCUCAGACGGAGCCCGAGAAAGCGACGCAUUAGUUCCAUAUCCAACGCGGGCGUCACUGAAUCCCCAACGUCACGUACCAGAAGUCGGAGCCGGUCUGGAAAGCGAGCAAAUGUAUCGAAGAGCGCGAGUGCUACUACACCAGGGAGCAGCAAGAAGGUCCGUUUCUCGGAUCCUGGUCCUUCCACAGGUUUGACGCCUGCUAUGAUGCGCACUUCAUUUGAUGGGGGCAAUAUAGGCUCUGUGCCGGGUACCCCAAGUCGCCGACGACGGUCAGCUCCUGCUUCGCGAAAAGGCACACAGCGGGUGGUGCAGUUCACGCCCUUGCGCCAGGCUUUAGAUUCACGGGUACAGCGGAGGAUUGGCCGGAUGGGUCUCAGUAAUGAAAUUAAUCAUAUUGAGCGAGAGAAGCGCGAUGCUGCUAGUUAUGAAAAGAAACUGCAGUCUUUGUUGCAGGAGAGAGAACUGCUGAGGCAAGAAUUGGAGACUGCGAAGAACUCGGGUGCUUUUGAUGGUGACCAAUCCCCUGCUCAGGAGGAACUCUCGUUGGAGGUGUCAGAGGAGAACAUCGAAGAGUUGGAAGAGGAGACUAGUCGACUUCGACAGGAAGUUUCGUUUUCAUCUGCCCAAGAUGCCAAUGUGCAGUCCGAACUUACGAACGGCGAUACUAUUAUGCUUGACGACACUGGUAUGGAUGGAGACACGGUUUUUCUGUCCGAUUCGCCCGAUAUUCGAGGUGUCGAGUAUCAACCUGCUAUCCCCGAUGGUUUUUCGCUGCUUGACAAUACGGCUCCUGGUGUCGAUUCUUCCACCCAAGCGCAGUUGCCCGAUCAUCACCAGGAAGCUGAGCUUCGCCGCCUUGAGCUGGACCUUGAGGCCGCCAGAAAAGAGAAAAAGAACCUCUUUGAUGCGUGGCGCGCUAACGUCACUUCUCUUGAUGGCGCUACCGUUGGAAACAAUCUUCGCCAGUCGUCUCCACCACCCGAGUUCUUUGACCAGAUCGUUCCCACUCUUACUUCUGCCCUUGCUCGUGCCUCUGAUGCUACUAGCUCACUAGAAUCAGUAAAGCAGGAACUGUCGACACUUGGCUUCUCUGGGAGCAGCCCGGGCGAAAUCAUCUCGGAGAUGAGCUCGCGGUUCCGUACAGCACGCAUCGAGCUCGAACGUGCAGUGCCAGGGGAAACGGGUCUGCAUGACGGGAAGUCCACACUUGGCGCAUUGGUGAAGCGUGUGGAAUCACUCGUAAAAGACUUGAGCAAUGAACGUGCUGAUCAUGACGGAUCCCUGGGCCGCGAACAAGCGCUUAGAGGCCAGUUUAAUGAGUUGUCGGUCCGGUACGAAGCUGCGUCGAAGAAGGCCCAAGACCUAGAGGUUUCGGCAAGGGACAUGCUCCACAUGCGGAUGCGGAUGCGGAAGAUGGAACAAGAAGGAGAGAAAAAAGACUUUGGAAUCCAAAGAUUGAACGCAGCACUUGAACAGUAUCGCGAGGAUGUCAAAAAUCUGGAGGCGCUCGUUAGCAGCUUGGAAGAAGAGAAUACUGCCAGCAAAAAGCAACACAUCCAGCAGGUAUCAGAAUUGGAGAGCAAAAUUUCUGACGAGGAGAAAGCCCGCCGUGCAGCCGAGUCCACGGUUGAAAGGCGUGACGCACAUAUUCGCGAACUGAAUCAGACCAUUGAGCAUAAUCGCAUUCGCACUUGUGAUUUGAUGACCUCGAUAGAGUCUCUCACAAAGGAACGUCAGUCGGCUAUCGACGAAAUCACCAACCUUAAGCGAGAGAGUGCAAGGCAGCUUCAGAAUCACGGGCAAGAAAUUGAGUGUCUCGAAAAGGGACACCAGUCGGCCAUCGCGAGCCUUGAGCAGAAGACUGCGGAACAGCGCCAGCAUCACGAACAGGAGAUUGGGACAAUGAAUGUACGCAUUUCAGAGCUCAAUACAGCACUCGAAGGAGCCCGGGCAGAAGCAGAGAAACUCGGUCGCGGCAAUGCCGUGCUGGAGGAGCAAUUGCAGCUCGAGGUUGAAGAGCGCGAAAAUCUCAUUAAUAGAUGGAUUGCGGAUCAAGAGCGGUCAUUUGCCAUGAUGAAGGAAACCGCCAAUGCGGAGCGUCGCAAGGCCAAGGUCCGGUCUUCCAAUUAUGAACUAUUGAAGACAAAGGAGCCUCAGUCGGAUGGCUCGGUUACAGGCAGCGAGCCCAUCACUCCGGUCAGUAUGUCGCGACAUGUGGACAUCGAUGUUGGUCGAGGCAAGCACCGAAGGCCAAUGGAUAGUGGAGUUGGAAUUCUCACGGAUGAUUUGGAUGAUGAACCGGGUGAUUUUAAUUCGGAUGUUUUACCUUCAGACCCGGCUCAUCUUUAAUUCGCUUGACAUAUUUGCUAUCUUUCUACUUUGGCUACUAUUCUUGGAUUGUAUCAUAAUAGGGCUAAUACAUUGCUUGACGAUCAUUGGUUCCCGCGAUGACGUUGAUCGGCGUCACAUCAACUUUCAUUGACUUGCCUUAAUAUUAAAGCGUUG